AUGACGUUUAAAUGUAAUUUUGUGAAUAGUGACAAUAAUAACGACAAUUUGGAGUAUGAAAUGCAGAAUAUUUGGGACAGAAUGGAAGGUGAUUUGAAUAUGAUAAUUUCAGAUCGUGUCCAGGACCACAAAAUUCGAUCCAUAACAUCAAUGAUAGUUAUGGAUCUUUGUGAGCUAAGUACUAUGUCGUACUAA